AUGGGCCAGAUUGUUGACAAGAUUCUCGAAAAAGCUCAGGGUAUCUUUUUCUGGGUAACCCUAGUUGUCAACAGCGUGCGAAAGCACCUAGAAGAUGGGCUUGAUCUCGACGACGUGGCUGAGCAGAUUGACUUUCUACCACCAGAGAUGAAUGAUCUCUUCGCCUACAUCCUAGACUCGUUAGAAACUUGGGCAAAGAGGAAGGCGUAUCGUACCCUUUCCAUGAUGCUCGAAGCAACAACUUGGGAUCUAAAAGUCCCUAUUCUGGGUUAUAUUUUCCUGGACGACUACGAGAAGAACCCUCUGGGAAUUAUGGUGUAUCUCUUCAAUGGACAGAGACAAGACUGA